AUGAGACGACGGACUCGCAAACUGCUGGUGCAGCUGAUGCUCUUCGGGGGCGUCCUGUGCCUGGUUCUCUUCCUGAACGCGCCCUCCUCCACCCCCCCAACCUUGGCCUGGACCCGUAUCCGGUACCGGCCAAGACCGGAUCCCCCGCCGCCCACGAGCCGUGGCGCCUGUCCCGGCUUGGCCGACGCAAACAAGCUUGGCAAACCGGCGCUGGUGGUUGCCCGCGUCCACGCAGACGGCGAUGCAGGCUGGUUGAAGACUCUAGAGGCGCAGUACCAUCUCUGCGUGUACACGGCCGAUGCGCCCGCGGAAGACCCCGGCCACGACUACCUGCAGACACCCGCGAACCGCGGCCACGAAGCCAUGGCCUACCUGACCUUUCUGAUCGACAACUACGCGCAGAUCCCCGCCGCGGGGGCGGUCUUCGUGCACGGGUCCCGCUGGGCAUGGCACAACGACGCCCCGGACUACGAUAACGCAGCGCUGCUGGCGGCCCUGAACGUCUCCGCCGCCCUGCAUCCGUCCGGGUACCAUAAUCUCCGCUGCGACUGGAGCGCCGGCACCUGUCCGCCCUCGACACCCCCGCAGCGCAGCCUGGAGACCAGCCUGCAGGCCGUGCUGCAGCCGUGGGGGGCCCGGGCGGUGUCGGACAAGGCGCUGCCCGAUGCCCUGGCCACAUUGUUUGGUGGCGGUGGUGUCGACGGUAGCCUGCAAGUUCUUCUCGGUCGCUCGGAUACUCUUCGCGCCCAGUGCUGUGCGCAGUUUGUCGUUUCGCGCGAUCGUGUAUGGCAGCACUCGCGCGAGGAGUACAUCGCCCUCCGUUCGUGGCUGCUCACCGCGGCGCCCAGGGACGACCGUAUCUCGGGCCGGAUCCUGUCGUACCUGUGGCACAUUCUGUUCCUGCGGCCUGGAACGGAGGGAGAAGCCGCCGGAAGCGGAGGGAUCCAUCUCCAGGCCCUGAACCGGGCUGCUUGUCCCCGGGCGGACGAGUGCUACUGCCGUCUGUACGGCCGCUGCAAUCUGGCCAACUGUGUGAGCCCGGGGGCCUGCUAUGGUCAGUACCGUGUGCCGAAGGAUUAUCGGUUACCGGAUGAUUGGGCGGCAUCCCAUGUGGAAUAG